UUCGCUGCAGCCCUAGCCUCAUUGGCAUCCUUCAGUUCGUUGAGAAACUGCUCUUCCGACAUACGGACUAGCGGCCCGUAUUCUUUCAAAUAUCAUCGAAGGCCUAGCUGUGGCAGUGUGCCACACGAACAUCAUCGUGUGUCCUCAGCCUCACGGUCCAUGUCGGAAGCACCUGCUUAUGCCGUUCUCUCAGUACAAACGCGCGAGCUAUUAUUCAUCGAGAUGUGGAUCGGUCAAAUGCUAUGCGAAGCCUUCAAUUGGGUGAUCAAACAUUAUCGAGGAGAUCGCGAGCUCGGCGAAGGGUUCGGCUUUCCGUCAUCGCAUAGUCAAUGGAUGGGCUACUUUGCGACCUUUCUCAUCUGCCACUUGACAUUCGCCACCAAUUCAUACCCACAGGCUGGCGUGGCUUGUCCUUGUGGUCUUGUGGCGUGGGCGAUAGCGGUGGCCUAUCACGGCAUCCUUUUUGGCAUGUGGUACUACACGGUGGUCGAGAUCCUGCCUGCUGUGUGGCCAACGUCGCUCUAUGGCCGCGCACGAAUAGCCGCACUGGGGAACCCAGUCAGCACAUGGUUUAGGAUCCGGGACGGCUGGGCGUGGCUGCGUUGGAGGGCUGAAUGGGAAAGGUCUAGAUUAAAUGAUGUUGGCAGUUCUCCAAGAAGGAAUAGUGCAGUCAUAG